GUCCGGCAUCGCAGCGUGAGAUAGAAUGAAACGGGCUGAUUGCCGAUGGUGCGAUUCAGCGGAUGCGUGCAAGAGACAUCCUAUGGAUUGUCCAUCUCGCUCUGAUGCUCAGGUAAGACAACUCUAUCGCGGUGGGAGAUAAAGUAUCAAGCCAUACGCUACGCCUGUGUACUGUUGGUGUUAUCAGAGAUUGGGCGUGAUAUAGAUAAGGUGAGACGAUUUGGUUGAAAGUUCUCUCCCUAGCGUCCUAUAGUUGGUAUUUAUGGGAAUAAAACUACAAUUGGGCUUCAUGUUAUUAUUCGAAAAUUCCCAAUUUUGAUACCGUCAAAACCGCUUCAUUUGCAUGACACAAGAUCGCAAUAGAGCAAAAGAAAGCACAGUGUUGAGAGAAAUGUAAUUGUUUAAGGACGAAAUUGGCAAGAUUGUGCAGCGAAAAGCAACAGAAAAAUCAUGGAAAAUCAAGAAGUGAAAGUGAUAAAGCAGGAGAGAUCACCUGACGGACAGAAUCAGGAGGUGAUUGUGGAGGAAAUCUCUCAUCCGAAUCAAGAUGUUACAGCUUCUAGUCAUCCAACUACAGUCAUUACCACUCAAAGGCAUCGCAUGAUCACAACGGCCGGCGACAUAAGAGAAGUGACCAGCGCUCAAGAAGCAAUUGUUGAUGCUCAAGAUCAGCAGUAUGACAGCAAUCAUGAGUACCAGCAAGUUGGCAAUACGGUUGAGGAUCAUAACUACACUUACGAGCCUACCAUCGCGACUGUGGUGACCACUCAAGCGCCACCAAUGACAACUGUUCAGCAAUUGCACGUGAUCAAGCGCGAAGGCAGUCCUGACAAAGAGAUAGGCGUCAGCGAGCAGUCGCAAGCCCAACAGCCUCAACAUCAAACUGUCUACAUCGAGCAGACUACGGAAGAUGGCGAUACUUACAGGUAUUCCAAUGUGAAGUACGAGACCGAGGAUUACCACCGGUUUUCGUACCAAGGCCAAAAUCGAAUCCCAACAGGAUCCGAGGAGAUAAAGACUAUUGAGCAACCUCAAACGGAGACCCAAGAAAUCCAAAUCUAUGAGCAGCCUGAACCUCAUAAUCCAGAUGCUCAAGCUCACGCCGACUCCGCAGAAUCCAAAGCUCAAUAUACGAACCUAGAGACAGUUCAGCAACUCCCGAGUGGAUCCGGCUACUACAUCACGACCGAGGGCUACGCAACUCCGGCUGGGAACUAUUCUUACCUUCAGACGACGCCCACAUCCAAAGAAUACCCUGGUUACCAUUCAAGCAGUCCCAAUACCGUUCUGUACAAAGAUCCGAAUUUGGCUUCUGCUUUAUCUACCAGACAAUUGCAGUAUCAUCACAACAUAGCGAACUCGCAGCAUAUUUAUGAUGGCGCUACGGUGUCAUCAGGAUCACCGUCAGGACAGCAAGUCUUCACGGCUUACAAAACCGAACCGGCGACUUAUUGGGCUAGUCAGUUGGAUUUCAAUGUUCCCGCUGGAUACGGGAAUUCUAUCAUCCUGGACAACACUGUCCCUUCCGGACCUGGAGACUACGCAGCCAAUGGAACGUGGCCACCAUUGAGCACAAUUGGGGAGCAGUACGAUGGGCAGAUAAUUGCAGCGCCAGAUAUAAAGGAGUGCGUGAACUGUUCAGCAUCGUCGACGCCACUGUGGCGGCGAGACAACAGCGGUCACAACUUGUGCAAUGCUUGCGCCUUGUACGGGCGCCAAAAUCCGGGCAUUAAUCGACCACCCAAUCGCAACCAGAAGGCCAAAGCGCCGGCGGCGAACGGCAACAGGCGCACGGGCGUGCAGUGCGCCAAUUGCCAAACAACCACCACGACUCUGUGGCGGAGGAACCACAACGGCGAUCCCGUGUGCAAUGCCUGUGGGCUCUACUACAAGCUGCACAAUGUACAACGUCCGCUGUCAAUGAAGAAAGAAGGAGUUCAGACGAGAAAAAGGAAACCCAAGAAUGUGGCCGGGAGUCAAAUAAAGACAACUCUGAGCGUGGCAGGUACUGAGAAGACUCUCCCGCCGAUUUACCCAUCGCAGAUCGAUAUGAAGCUGCCGGUGAUGCCCAUUGGGCAAGCACCGACGGAAAUCCACUUGGUGUCCACUCAGCCGUCAGCCCAAGAGCAAUACUUGAGCGUUGGUCCUCAGAGUCAAUCGCCACAUUUGCCAACCACCACUAAUUUGACGAGACACAUUAAUUCAACUGUACCCCCAUUGGAUGGAGGCCGGGGAAUCAACGGAGAAAUCACGAGUGUAAUCACAAGCACUGGAAUGGCCGAGAGGAAUUCCAAUUGAUGUUGCCGCCAAGACACUCAGGCUUCGAAAUUAUGUCCAUGGGGAAGUUACGCUUUAAGACAAUACUGUGCAAAAUGUAUUCCUGUUCUUGCUUCUUCACAUUCUUAUAUGCCAUCCAGAGUAUUGGAUAUAUUGUAGGUUUGAUAUCAUUUCCGAGUACUUAGACCUAGUCACAGUGGCAGAAAAGCUCCCAGUUUUAUAUAUUUUUACAUCAUCUUGCCUAUCCAUCGAGUCAGUGCCAAAAUUAGAGACUUUUGUAAAGAAUUUUUAAUGAGGUGUUGUGUAGAGUUUAAGUGUUAGAUAUACAUAAAUCGAAUAAUGCUAAUAUUGCUAAAUGAUGUUGUAUGAUUAAGGAAAAUUGUAAUAAUGACUUUUGUAUGGUUGGCUUUCAUAUCAGGAAGCAUGACAUACAAUAUAGAAUACACAACACACUAUAUAUUAUAUUGAUAAGGCAUUCUCUUCUUUUUCUAAAAUUUCCAUUAAUUGAUUUUCCUCUUCCAUCUCCCAAAUAUGCAUAAUACAAGAGUCCAGAGAGUGCGGAGGAAUGAGAGGAGAGAAUACACAUUCUACAGGCGCCACCUAAAUCGACAACCGGGCUGAAUUCUGUAGUCGAAUAGAAUGCCAAAGAUAAAGUCUAUAUACGGUGGAAUACCUUCGGAGUGAAAAGGGAUGCGACGCGGUAGUGCAUUACACAGUAUUAUGUACAUCGUAUGAAAGUGUGAGAGAGGAACCAAUUAUGGAUUUAAAUUUAUUUCCUCUGCUUCAGAGAGGAGAAAUUGAUUUGAUGUCUUCUACCACACCAUUCACUGAUGCAUAUCCAUAGAUAUACAUAAUAUGGCUGCUGAAGUCACACUAUAUUUGUAUGAGCAAAUGAAAGACGAAAUGCAGUGUACUGAGAGCCGCACAUCGCCGAGCUCUCAAUACAUGGGAGAAUGCACUAUGUAAUGUACAAGAAUCAUUUAAAUUUGAACGAUUGUAUAGUGACUUUUCGUAUAGAUAUACAAUUUUACUCUUAAGAAUAUAUAUAAUAACGUUUUAUAUGUAUGUAGUACAUGAAUGAAUAUGCGGUGUGACGCGCCGGGCUUUUAGACUGUGACACCAAACGGCUUUUUACUUUAUGAGAUAUGCAUAUGCAUGAAACUGUUGCAGUGUGGCAACGAAUAAUGGAGAAAAAUGUCUAUAGAAUUCUUCAGAAUUAUUGUGAGAGAAAGAGAUAAUCUGUGAAACCGCGUAUAAAAUUAUGAUCAAUUUCCAACCAAUCAAAGAGAAACACAUUUGAUGUCUUUUAAAUAUUGCAAUAAGACUAUUAUAAUUUAUAUUUCAGUCUAUACAGGUUUUGUUUAAGAGAGAAAUAAUAAAAGUGUAGUGAGAGAGAGAAUGAUGCAUUAACAAUAUGAUCUUCCACAGUGAUAAAAUUAAACUGCAGCAUCGCUGUUCUUAACUUUUUGACCUCCGCCUUUGCUUUAGGUUUUACCAAACACACAUGAUCUUAAGUGGUUCCAUCAUAAAUCCCAUUUGCUGGCGUACCAGACAAACUUUCAUCUGCAGAUGAAUGGGAAAUUGGAAAAGGAAGAUGAAGGAUUUUCUGUCAAUGACAUAGAGGGGUUAGUGGAGUUUAGCGCUAAACCAGAGCUCAAUUAAG